AUGGCCGACGUGCUGGUGGGCUCGGAGCGCCGCGUGCUGAUCAGCGGCUACGGCCUCCCCACGCCGGCCCCGCCGGCGCCGCCGGAGAGCCUGCUCGGCCGCCUCGACCAGAUCGAUCUCCGGUUGCGGCAGCUGGAGGAGCAGCGCCGGCCGGCGCCCGCCGACGACGGCGCGGUGGUGCGCCGCGCGCCGCCGCAGCACCACCACACCAAGUCCCUGCCGUCGGCGCUGCAGCACGUGCAGGUGCGGGGCACGCUCAUGGACCGCCUCAACCUGCUGGAGUCGCGCAUCAGGCAGCUCAGCUGCGAGCUGGACCUGGACCUCGGCGGCAAGGCCGGGGCCGGGAGCUGCGCCGCCGCCGCCCAGCUCGGGCUGGGGAGCUCCUCGUCCGUCGCGCCGCCGCCGGUCGAGGACCCCGCGUGGUCCGACACCGCGCCGAUGUCGGAGCCCUGCAGGGACCCGGCGGCGGUGAUGAUGCCCGCACCCGCCAGCAAGCCGGCGGCGGCGCCAGACGGGAGCUGGAGCGCCGUGGAGAUCCUGCAGAGGGGCGCGCGCCAGCUCCACCGCAACAAAACCAACCAGCCGAAUAAGGUGAAGAACGUGAAGGAGGCUAAAUGUGCGUGCCAGAAGGAGAAGAGGAAGACGGAGCGUGGCCGGACGAGCAGGAGAUGGUUCACUGUCGGAUGCUGA